AUGACUGAGAUAUUCAGCUUCGAUGAUGAGGAACUGGCCACCCAUGUGCAGACUGGUCUCACACUUGAAGAGAAGGAAGAGUUGGAGGACAGUCCCAAUCUGCUGAGCACCCUCAACUUCAGCACGAACCCGAAAAAGCGCUCAGAUAGCGUGAUAUCUGUUGGGAGCAUUAACAAUCGACUGGGAACGUCCUACGAAGUGGGAAUCCAGCAGCCGUACUUCGCCGUCAGUUCCAAGGAAAGUGAGCCCAUACCAGCCGCAAAGAAGCUGAAACCAAAAGUGUCUGAUUUCGAGCCCUUGAAGGUCUUGGGAAGAGGCGCAUACGGGAAGGUGAUAUUGGUGCGUGAAACGCGUUCUGGAAAACUUUACGCGCAAAAACAGCUGAAAAAGGCCUCUAUGGUCGUUGAGGCCAAAAAUUAUGAACGCACUGUUAAUGAGAGGACGAUUCUCGAGAGAGUCAACCAUCCCAAUAUCGUCAAGCUGUUCUAUGCCUUCCAGGACUUUGACAAAGUUUACUUAAUCCUUGAGUACCUUGAAGGUGGUGAACUAUUCACCCAUUUGGCCGAGCAAAACAUUCUUUCAGAGAGGAUCGCGUCAUUCUAUGUUGCUGAAAUCAUAUUGGCUUUAAGGCAUCUUCACCUCAAUGUUGGUGUUGUGUAUCGUGAUUUGAAGCCAGAGAAUUGCAUGCUGAACCGUAAAGGGUACUUGGUUCUCACGGACUUUGGAUUAUCCAAAGUUUCUACAAGAGACGGAAAAUCCAAUACUUUGACUGGAACUCCUCAGUAUAUGGCUCCUGAGAUUCUUCAGGAACAACCUUACGAUUACGCUGUUGACUGGUGGUCUUUGGGUGCAGUUUGCUAUGAUCUACUCACAGGAUCGCCGCCUUUUACUGGAUCAGGGAAGAAGCAAGUGCUGAACAAAAUAGUCGCUACUAAGACUCUGAAGACUCCGCACUAUGUUUCUCAAGAUGCCAGAGACAUUCUCGUCAAGCUGCUGAGGAAAUCGCCCUUGAAAAGACUGAAUUGUGACGAAAACUUUGAGACGAUUAAAAACCACAGGUUCUUCAGACAUCUCGACUGGGAAGCUUUGAUUCGUCAAGACGACAUUGCCCAGCCCCCUCCCAUAAUACCUGUUGUCACCAAUCCAGAGCUAGCAGAAAACUUCGAUGCUGAUUUCACCAGCAUGCCCAUAUCACCACCAGGCUCUCCAUAUGAUGCUCCAGUAUUCUCGAGAAGGGAGGAGAGCUCCUUCAUUCCCAUCACCAAAACCACGGAUAAGACGAGUGUGGAGUCCGUGUACUUCAAAAACUUUUCCUAUACCACUGAAGGCUACCUUGAAUAG